AUGAGGAAACCUUUGAGUGUCUUUUGAUAGUGUGAAGCCAAAAUGGAUGUUUCAUUGUCAUUGCAGGUUCUAAUUAUAAUUGCAGUAUUAUGGAAUAACGAAGUAACUCCAGCACCAAGACAAAAGAGGCUGAGCCUAGCUUCACAAAUGCCUAGCUAUUACUUUACGAAUAUAGACGGCCAUCCAGGUACAUAUUCUUUUGGCUACAAUGUGCUAGACCCCGAGACAGGGAACAAUCAGUAUCGUUCUGAAGAAAAGUACCCAAAUGGGACAGUCGUUGGAAGCUACGGGUAUAUUGAUCCACGGGGAAAGUCGCGACGCAUCGACUAUAUAGCUGAUGGAAAAGGAUAUAGAAUAAUGAACGAAGCACCUAGGAGACAAAAUUAUAUAGAGGAAUCUACCAAAGAUAUUUCUUCCACUGAAACAUUAGUAUCGUGGACUCGACCAAGAAAGCCAAACAAGAAGAAAGUGGAAAAGAUCAUUAAAAGACCUUCGGAAGUAUUACAACCGCCUUAUUAG